AUGCUCCGCUCGGCCUGGCUGGUGCUGGCCGCGGCGCUGCUGCACGGGUCCCUGCAAGGCGAGUUCCAGAGGAAGCUGUACAAGGAGCUGGUGAAGAACUACAACCCCCUGGAGAGGCCGGUGGCCAACGACUCGCUGCCGCUCACCGUCUACUUCUCCCUGAGCCUCCUGCAGAUCAUGGACGUGGACGAGAAGAACCAGGUCCUCACCACCAACAUCUGGCUGCAGAUGUCUUGGACAGAUCACUACCUGCAGUGGAACACGUCGGAGUACCCGGGCGUGGCGACCGUGCGCUUCCCCGACGGACAGAUCUGGAAGCCGGACAUCCUCCUGUACAACAGUGCCGACGAGCGAUUUGAUGCCACAUUCCACACCAACGUGCUGGUGAACUCUUCCGGGCACUGCCAGUACCUCCCCCCAGGCAUAUUCAAGAGCUCCUGCUACAUCGACGUGCGCUGGUUCCCGUUCGACGUGCAGCAGUGCAAGCUCAAGUUCGGGUCCUGGUCCUACGGGGGCUGGUCCCUGGACCUGCAGAUGCAGGAGGCGGACGUCAGCGGCUACAUCCCCAACGGAGAGUGGGACCUCGUGGGCAUCCCGGGCAAGCGCAGCGAGAGGUUCUACGAGUGCUGCAAGGAGCCGUACCCUGACGUCACCUUCACGGUGACCAUCCGCCGCCGCACCCUCUACUACGGCCUCAACCUGCUCAUCCCCUGCGUGCUUAUCUCCGCGCUGGCCCUGCUGGUCUUCCUGCUCCCCGCCGACUCCGGGGAGAAGAUCUCCCUGGGGAUAACGGUGCUGCUCUCCCUCACAGUCUUCAUGCUGCUGGUGGCCGAGAUCAUGCCUGCGACGUCCGACUCGGUGCCCCUGAUCGCCCAGUACUUUGCCAGCACCAUGAUCAUCGUGGGCCUGUCCGUGGUCGUCACGGUGAUUGUGCUGCAGUACCACCACCACGACCCCGACGGCGGCCAGAUGCCCAAGUGGACCAGGGUCAUCCUCCUGAACUGGUGCGCGUGGUUCCUGCGCAUGAAGCGGCCGGGGGAGGGCAAGGUGCGCCCCGCCUGCCAGCACCGCGCCCGCCGCUGCAGCCUGGCCAGCGUGGAGCUGAGCGCCGUGGCCGCGCCACCCGCCACCGCCAACGGCGGCGGCAACCUGCUCUACAUCGGCUUCCGCGGCCUGGACGGCGCCGUGCACUGCGCCCCGACGCCGGACUCCGGGGUGGUGUGCGGCCGCCUGGCCUGCUCCCCGGCCCACCUGCACGAGGAGCACCUGCUGCACGGUGGGCCGCCCCCCGAGGGCGACCCGGACCUAGCCAAGAUCCUGGAGGAGGUGCGCUACCUGGCCAACCGCUUCCGCGGGCAGGACGAGAGCGAGGCGGUGCGCAGCGAGUGGCAGUUCGCCGCCUGCGUGGUGGACCGCCUGUGCCUCAUGGCCUUCUCCGUCUUCACCAUCCUCUGCACCAUCGGCAUCCUCAUGUCCGCGCCCAACUUCGUGGAGGCCGUGUCCAAGGACUUUGCCUAG